AUGUCUAUACCAAAAGAUAUAGAUCCCGCCAAUCUUACCGAGAAAGAAAAGGCUUUAGCGGGCUUACCAUACGAUGCCAAUACUCCAGAACUCAUAGCCGAUCGUAGACGAGCUCGUGUACUGAUGUAUAAGUUUAAUAACAAUGAUCCGAGCAGAGAUGAUUACAUUAGCGAAAGAGAGACGAUUAUAAGAGAGCUAUUCGGUUCAAUCGGAAAAGCCUUUGAAAUUAUGCCACCAUUUUAUUGUGAUUAUGUCUGUCUGUCCAUAUUUUUAUAUAGAACAUUUUCUGAUGAUACUAUUCUUGACUGUAACGUGGUCGAGAUUGGAGAUAGGGUACGAAUUGCACCAAACGUUUCAUUGUAUGCAGCAACACAUUCUCUUAACCCUGCUGAUAGAUUAAGGGCGGACUUUGGAUCGGCAUAUCCAAUCAAGAUUGGUAAUGAUGUGUGGAUUGGAGGUGGUGCAAUUAUCCUUCCGGGAAUUACGAUUGGAGAUGGGGCAACUGUUGGUGCUGGAUCUGUCGUCACAAAGAAUGUCAAGCCAUAUACUGUGGUAGCAGGUAAUCCUGCUAAAUUUAUCAAGUAUGUAGAAAAUCCGGAUCAAAUUAAAAAUUAG